AUGAAAUUACCUGUAUCAAAUUACAUCAAAUUACAGGUAGACUUUUCUUUCUUGUAUGCCAUUGUUGUUCACAAAGUUGCAGCUUUCCUGAUGUUGGUUUGGAAUGAAAGUGAGGACAAAACUUUUCUUGACGCAUGUAUCCAUGAACUAACCACUAAUGGUCGUGAGGGUUCUGGGCUUAAGGCUAGUUCAUGGAAGAUAGUACGCGAAAAAUUGAUGAACGAACACGGUAAAGAGGUUGAUCAAAAGCAAAUGAGAAACCACUUUGACUACUACAAAUCAAAGUAUGUUGCUUGGGUGAAACUGAAAAACAAAACCGGCAAUAUAUAUGACCCUAUAAAAAAUAAAUUUAACCUGACGGAUGAACAAUGGAAGGAAGAGGGGAAGCUGAACAAGUUCGUGUUGUCAUUGAAAACUAAACCCCUGCUGUUUCCUGAUCUUUGCACCCAACUAUUUGAAGGGUCGACCUCGACCGGCUUUCAAAGUUGGGGGCCAUCUUCUACACUCCCUCGUCCUGUAGAAGAGUUUAGUGUCCAUGAUUUUGAUGAUGAUGUUCCAAUGGAAACCUCAACACAACACGUAGGUGCAAGUGAAGAAUCUUCGGGGCGUUCAAAAAAUACGGAAGUUGGUGGAAACAAAAGAGUUGGUGGAAAAAAGAGAGAUGCAAGGGCGUUAGAAGUUGAAGAGGAGAUUGUCAAGCUUGCAAGGUCGUUAGUGGAAAAAAAAUGA